CAAUGGUGGCUGCUGGAUGGUUGUUGCGCGUGGGCGGCUUUUGGCUACCGGCUACGGUGGCGAAUGGCUUUUUCCUGCUGUUGAUGAAUCUGCGUCGGUCCCGCGUAGUGUGGGUAACGUUGUGGCUGUGGGCGCCCUUGGUUGUUGCCGUGUUUGCGGCACUUCCGGCGCAGACAGCCGCUGGUUGUAUCGCUAUUCAUGUUGUGCUUAUUUUAUGCCACUUAAUUUUUUUUGGGGCCGUUGCGGUGUUCCGUCCACUCAUCUCGCCGCUGGAUAACGGCUACUAUCUCCUUGUGGUGCUUGUGAGCGUGUGGCUUCUCGCUGCCGACACCGAACUCCUCCUGCAUCCCGACAAUGAACCUGCUCUGUUUGCCGCUUGCACCGCUGCCAUUGUUGCUAUCGCCGCGUUCUUUCUGUACAUCGUCCUGAAGACGCUGCAGGUGAUUGCGUUUGCCAGAAGGAAAUGGGCGGGUGCGGAUGUACGGGGUGCCGCAGGGACGCGUUAUAGAGAGCCGAAUCAAACCGCACUGUUUAAUUUGUCCAAAGGGGGGCAGAAGCAACCGGAAAUGUCGCCAUCCUCAUCUUCCACGGCGUCACCUGCUGCCGGACCUCCGUUGGUGGUACCGCAUGUGCAGAAUUUGGUAGAGCGUACCGUGGGUGGCGACCCGCACGACCGCAUUCUUCCCGGCCAACAGCUUUCAACAGUUUUGUUGAAUGAGUUGACGACAGACAACGCGGUUGUCGCUCUUGAGUUCGCCCGACCGGUCGUUCCACUGCGUGAUACUCGUACGGGUGGUGCGAUGCAACGUACGGCGUUCCCUCGAUGGUCAUCGUUUGGCUCCCUAUCGUUAGACUCGUUGGAGUCGAUUGACCUCGACGUUUGGAGCGUCGGCGGCGGGAGAGGCGGGGGAGGAGGACCCGUUUAA